AUGAAAAAGUUUAACAAAGCGAUUGUUGAAGCAAAGGUAUCGGUGCGAGAAAAGUUUGGUCAGAGAGAUCCUUUGACAGAGUUGCCCGACUUUAGAAUCAAGAACAAGUCAUUGACAGAUAUCAAGACAAGUUUAAAAGAGAUUGUAGCUCGACUACAAAAACAAUCAAAGGAUCACCAACAAUUCAUCAAUGACAAUAGUUCAAUGGCAGACUACUUUACAGAGCUUGGUAAUGUGUUGAUGCAAGAUUCAGAGACACUCAUGCAAUCCUCUACUAUCCUCGGACCUUCAUUUACCAUCAUUGGAGAUAUGUUAAAUCAAUUGGAAGUAUCUCGUUCAAGAUUGGACAUAUCAAAUAAUAAUACAUUGAUAAAUCCAUGGCAAGAUUUUAUGAAGAAUGAAUUAAAGGAAUCGACAAUGGUCAAGUCGAGAUAUGAUAAAUCGAGAGUGACUUUUGACGCUGCAUCAGAGAGUUACAAGGCAAUGAGAAAGAAACCAAAUAUAUCGGCCGAGAGACUACAAGACGCAGAGAAUGAUUUGCAUAUUGCUACGCAAGAGUUUUCCGACGUGGCAGUUGACUCGCUCAACAUAUUGGAGGAUAUUAUCGACAAGAAUACAAUCGACAGUAUCGACCAUAUCUACGACUAUGUCAAGGGUCACCAAGAGUAUUUCCAAAAGUCAUUGGACAUUAUAAACUCUGUCUUGCCCAACUUGGAGCGACAAAAACAGUCGACUGCCAAACUAAGACAACAAGUUGUGGAGAAGAAAAAGAAGCGUGGCGAAGAGAUACUAUUCAACAGUUCGCCGUCAGCCGAACGUAUUGCUCAGUAUGAAGCGGACGCUCGAUGCGUACCGGGAUCCGCGCAACCCAACGUGGCACGAUUCAGCGUGGGUAGUGCCAAAAAGAUGUUUGGAAUGAGUUUGGAAAAGUUGGCGACACGUGACGGUGUUGCUAUCCCCACCAUCAUCCUCCACGCAAUCAAGUAUCUUAUGGACGACAAGGUGUUGGCUGUUGAAGGCAUAUUUAGAGUGUCGGCCAACCAAAGAGAGUUGAACGAGUUCAAGACGGCCGCCAACAACGGCUCACUCGACUCAUUUGACGAGGUGGACGACCCACACAUUGUCACCAACUUUUUAAAGUCGUUCCUUCGAGAGCUGCCAACUCCACUGCUCACCUACGAGCUAUUUGCUCCGCUUUGUCAAUGUGUCAUCUUUAACCACAAGGCUGGCUCCUCCGAAGAGGAGGAAACGGCCAAUAUCCAAGCCACGGCCGUCAAGCUAAAGGCUAUUCUCUCGACACUCCCCAACACUAAUCUCCAAAUAUUUAAACUACUCAUCAAACUACUCUACAAAAUUGCUCAACGUUCAAAGGAAAAUAGAAUGACAACUAGUAAUCUAUCAGUUGUCUUGGCUCCCAAUAUACUCUAUCCUCAAAAGUUGGAUAUGGGGUCAAUAUCAAACUCAAAUGGAACUGUCGACUUUAUGAUCAAAAAUUAUAAAUUAUUAUUCAAUGAUGAUGAAAUUCAAAUUGUUAUUCCAGUACUCUCAUCAAUAUCAGUAUCAUCAUCACCACCUCAACCAGUUUCCCAAGCUCCCACACCAAUAACACCUAGACCAAUAUCUGUUAUUUUGUCCAACAAUACACCUGGAUCAAGACAAUCUGUACUUCCACCAUCAUUACCAAACAAACCAGUUGUAUUAAAUUUUAAUUCUCCAUCAUCUCCUUCUUCAAGUAAUAAUAAUAAUAAUAAUACAAAGACUAAUAGAUUGUCAAAUUCAACAUCAAAAUUAACACCAAUGACCACAAACAAUAUUAAUAGUAAUAAUAAUAAUAGUAAUAGUCCAACAACACCUGUAGUACCAAAGAGACUUUCCAACUCUGGAUCUCAAAUUCCUCCACCUGCAAUAUCAUCAUCGCCAUCACCAACUUCACCACCAUCACCACCAUCAAAUGAACCAUUUAGUAAACCACCCAAAAAUAUAUCAAAUCGAAUGUCAAUGUUGAUAACAUCCUACAAUCAACAACCACCACCUUUACCAGCCAAACCAAGAUCAACUGUCAUGUUUACUUCUCCACCACUACAACAACAACCACAACAACAACAACAACAACAACAACAACAACAACAACCUUACCAACUACCAUUACCUUUAAACAAACCACCAACACCUAAAUCAUUAAAAUCAUCUUCUGAUGUUCCACCUCCAUUAUCACCACUUGAACCGUCAUCCACAUCCUCAUCCUCAUCAUCAUCAUUUAUGAAACCAUUACCAACCAGUCCACCUCCUUCUCUAAUGUCAAAUAAUGAUUUACCAUUACCACCAUCUGGAUCAUUCAGAGGUAAAUCAAGACCAUCAGCAAUGAUACUUCCUAAACCAAGUAGUUCCAAUGGAAAUGGUAAAUAUAAUUUAUUGGAUGAUUUUGAAGGUGGCAUGAUCUUGGACAAUCCAAAUCAUUCCAAUGAUGAAGACGAUUUUUGGGGUUAA